CUAUCCAUCCUGUUGAUCGGAAAAUGUGUGGGCUACGUCCGCCUAACGAACCUCAAGUGCAAGAGCCUGGAUCCAGAGUUCAUGGAGUUCCCGACUUGCCGCCUGAAUGUGCUCGGACGCGGCAUUAUCGGAGGUAAUAUCCAUCUGAAGCUCCUGAAGGUGCCCAUCACCAAAAUGAAUUUGAGAUUCAACGUCUACCGGCGGCUCAGUGGCUACCAUCCGUUCCUCUUCAAUAUCAGCACUGAAUUUUGCCGAUUUAUGAAGAAUCCUAAUCCCCUGCAAGUUCUAUACUAUUUCCACAGUGCCUUUUUGCCCUACUCCAAUGUGAAUCACACCUGUCCCUACACCGACGAUGUUUUUGUAAGGAACUGCACUCUGAAUGACGAGAUGUUUAAGAGGGUUCCACUGCCGAAGGGAGUGCAGGAAAAUGGCUCUGCUCGAAGCUUUGCCCCCAAAUUCUAUUUCUUUAACACUUUCCGGGACUGCUGUCUGGUCACGCUCCACUGA